AAAAAAUUAAAACGAACUUGGCCGUGUAAAAUGACGUCAUAAACUUAACCUGAUGUACUUGUAUAUCAAACAUGUUAGAUUAUCGUCCGACACUUUACAAUAAUUAUUUUAGUAGGGUGAUGUUAUGAAACAUCACCAACAGAGGGUAGCAUUCGUCCAUUAUAAACAGACCUGACCUGUCAAUUGACUUCAAACAAUGGAGAGGCCAAACUACAACUCCCAUGAUGCAACUCAAAAAGCACAGCUUCAAGCGCAGCGGGGUGAAUCGGUCCCCCCUCCAGUUUCCAACAGCUCAUCCCCGCUGUACUGCAGAUCCGCUCCAAGAGAAAUGGCAGCAGUCUUGUCCCGUGCCCUCAAACUACCGGGGAAAAAGGGCUCGGAGCUGGGUGAGUACGACCCACUCACCCAAGCAGACAGCGAGGACGAGAGCGAAGAGGAUGACCUGGUACUCAACUACCCCCGCAACGGUCUGGGCCGGGACACCUACCACGGCGGCGGCUCCACAAAGCUGCGGGGUGGUCGAGUCGGAAGACUGGUGGCGGCCGGAGAUUCGGCGCAGGAGGAUGACGACGACUGGAGAGAGCGACUCCCCAGCAAAUGCCAGCAGGACAGAGAUGAUGUGAAAGGCGGGCCGUACUGGAGCCCGUCCGGGGAGGACAGGGAGCAGUGUGGCGGAUCUGGACUGAGGAUUCACGGGACUGAAGAGGAAGAGAAGAGGCUGAGGAGGAAGAACGCCGUGCGGGCAUCUUUUUUCCUGGUGCCUCUCGUCUGCGCCAUGCUUCUCGUGCUUCUUUGCGCUUUCCUCAUUCCCUGUCAGAAAGGAGCACUGGCAAAGAGGCCAAAAUGGGAGAGAGCACUCGGGGAUGCUGGAGGUGUCACGCCGCCCGCGCUGGCAUUAUGGGAUGUCGACGGCGAUUCGGUGGAUGAUGUGCUGCUCAGCGUCACCGAGUGGACCAAUGACACGCAUCCCACACAAGGAAACAAAAUUUACAGCGCCGUCGCCCUCUCUGGUGCGAGUGGGCAACUGCUAUGGAGGAAAGUCAUGCGGGAGUCAGUCUUGUACAUCCAGUGUGGCCUGCAGCUCAACACCAAGCCAUUACCCGUAUGUCUCCUCAUCGGGAAGUCGAGCAUCAUGGCUGUGAAUGGAACGUCGGGGAAGAACUUGUGGUCCACGCUGCUGAGGAACAUCGAAUCCCAGGCGGUGUUACUCCCAGACGUCCAGGGAGACUCGGUCCCAGAUCUGCUGGUAGCCACCCUGCCCGCCGAUGAGGCUCUGGAUCUCUCCCUCACUUUAAUUUCCGGGCUGACUGGAGCGAAACUGGGACAGUCGGUGUCGUUCAACCUCACCGGACAAGGGAAACUGAUCGGGCCUCUUCUGCAUGAGACGCAACAGGGGGCACACUACAUCGUGUUCGGCCUAGGUAACGUUGUGGCCAUCUCACUGCGGGAUAUGUACGUCCGUGCAAACAGCAAGUUACCGGUGAUUCCCGCGUUGAGACGGAAGGAUCCCGGGUGGGAGGGACUGAAGAAAACCAACUCCUCCUCCUUCAUACACAUUUUCAGAGGAUCUGAAAGCGUGGAGUUCUUGCUGCCCCUGGUGGCCGGUUUUGGCACCUACCACAACAACCUGGACACAGUCUCCAACCUGAACACCAGCAAGAGUGACUGGGUGUUGGUGUACGGCUUCAGCAAGAUCUCUGUGCUAGGCCAGAGGGAUGUCCGCAAACGGUGGACCUUUAACUCCGCCCCCAUCCACAGCCAGCCAACUCCAGGACAUUUUAAUGAGGACGGAAUCCUCGAUCUUUUCUUCCAGCACUCGGCAAAUGGCAUUAUGAAGGCGCAGGUGAUUGAUGGUGCAAAUGGCCGUCCUCUCUGGACGGCGCAGUUUGUGUGCCCCCGUCUUGUUUUGGAAACGGCAGCCGUCUCCACUUCGACCGGCCUCUCGGCUUUUGUCUUCUGGGCCAGCGAGCCAAUCGGUGCGCAGAAGAAUAUCACCAAGGCAACUGUGGCCCCCCCGGCUGUUGUGGCAGCAGAGCCGGUCAUCAGAAAGCUGUUCCUGUUGCAUCCUGCCUAUCCCUCGAUCCUGAUGCAGCUCGCCACGACCACUGAUACCGCAGUGGCUGCUACAGUGAGUUAUGAGGAGCGCCAGAAAGACGCAUCUUACAUCACCGUAUCCUCGCGGCCGACACCCGACUCGAAGGCCGCCGCUCGGAUCGUGAAGAGCAUUCGGCUCCGGGCAGCCAUCGCUCAAGGACAAGUGGUCAGAUUAGGCCAGAGCAGCAAUUCUGGGACAGCUCUGAAACCAGACGUGUUUGAGCUUGACAAGUUCUACAGACACCUGUUCUUCAAACAUCAGUAACGGGACGCUUUUCCACCAUGCUGUGUCACAAGAAGGGGUACAACUGGAGAACUGCACUGAGGAGAGAUUCAUUUAGACCUGUUUACAUUACGCCCGUUUGUCUAUUUAAUUAGCACUUCAUUUCAGUUCAUUAAAUGUGAAGUGUUUUUCGUCAUGUUAUUUAUAUCAUGUUGACUCAAAACUUGUAUUUAUUUAAACGACAGUGUUUUUAAGAUUUUAGUGAAAGAUCAAUUGUUUGGACUUGAACACCGCACAUUGUUUUAAGGGAAAAAAGUAUAAAUGUGGUACUUUAUGGUUGUAAAUCUUACAUGGCCAGUGUUGCAUAUUCUCAGAUCACAAUGAAUCACGAAUAGAAUCCCUUCAAGUGAUCACAUGGUAAUUUUGUAGUUGUUGUGUGUGUAAAUAUCGAUUUCUGUACAGUAUUUAUUGGGUUGAUGUAUUGUGUGUUAUACUGUUUGUAUUAACUGCUGUUUUUUUUCCUCACUUGGCUGCUCAAGAGUACAGUAUGUUAUGUGUAAGUUGCAACUUCCGGUACUACAAAAAUGAAAAAUUUCCACAAUA